AUGACGAUCAACGCUCACCAGCCCGCUCGAGGUCCAACAUGCGGCGACAAGCUGUGGAGGGAUCCUCCCAAACUCAACCUUCUCUCCUGCCCCCCCCGGCAGGGCAACCAAGGGGAUCGACCCUUGGGAGUUGGAGAAGAAGUUAGCCAGUCACGCUCGAGACAUCGAAGACGCCGACCUGAACGACCUUCCUUGCGAGCAGAGGGUGACGAUCAACGCCCACCAGCCCGCUCGAGGACCAACACGCGGCGACAAGCUGCAGAGGAAUCCUCACAAGCUCAAUCUCCUAAUCUGCCUCACGGGCAGAGCACCCAAGGGGAUCGACCCUUGGGAACCGAGGAAGAAGCUAGCCAGUCGCGCUCGAGGCACCGAAGACGUCGGCCCGAGACUCCAACCCUGCGAGCAGAGGAUGUCGCAAAGCUGGUAAAUGACCAACUCCGAGGUCUCCGACUCAAAGGAAGCGCGGAGGAGGCCCUGUGCAAGGAAAUUGAUCGAGUUGACCGCUCGCCCUUUACCGACGAGGUGGAACGAGCUCCGCCGCCAAAGCGGUUUACAACGCCAUCCAUCACUCCAUUCAAGGGGGACUCUGACCCUGAGAGCCAUUUGAGGCACUUCAAGAGCGCCAUGAUCCUGUACAAGGCAGACGACGCCCUGAUGUGCAAAGUGUUCGCGAUGACUCUGCGAGGAGCAGCUCAGGAUUGGUUCCACACUCUACCGUCCGCGUCAAUAGGCAACUUCAUGGAGUUCGCCAUCAUUUUCACAAAGGAAUACACCUCCUACAAGACGGUCAGAAAGCAUGCAGACCACCUGUUCAACCUGCGCAAGAAGCCAGACGAGUCUCUACGAGACUACUUGAGACGGUUUAAGGCUGAGAAGGCUAACAUCAUAGGAUGCAACGACCAAGUUGCAUCCUCAGCAUUCAAAAAGGGCUUGCCAACCGAGCACGAGCUAUACCGGGAGCUGGCCAUAACUCCAAGUCAAACCUUGGCAGAAGUGUUCGCGACGGCAGAGCGCUACGCACUUUGGGACGAUGAUCGUAUCGCCGCAAAGAAAGCUAGCAAGCAAGUUGACCACCCGACGAAGCAGGCAAGCCAAAAGAGCAACAAGUUCGAGCAAAAAGCCCGAGAUAAGCGCAGAUCGCGGCCCCAAAAGGGAAGCUUAGAAACAGGGACCUUCACCGAGUUCGCUAUCCCAAUCCACCAGAUCCUAGCUCAGGUGAAAGAUAAGCCGUGGGUGAGGAGACCACCACCCAUGAAGGGAGACCCCUCUAAAAGAGACACCAGCAAAUACUGCGCAUUCCACGGGGAGCACGGUCAUUACACCAACAACUGCAACGCUUGGAAAAGGCACCUUGAGGAGCUGGUCAGAGAGGGCCAUUGCACAGAGUUCGUUGCAAAGAAGGCUAUCCAGCAGAUCGAGGAUCGUGAUGUAGCUGCCAAGGAACCUCCCCAAAAGGUCAUUCGAAUCAACACCAUUCUAGCCGACUCCCAAGAGUCCGGGCUGACCACCAAGGAGCGCAAGAGAAAGAUCGCGCAGGCAACUUAUGUCUCCCAAGUCACAACGGGAGUACCAGCUGUUGGGGAUACACCUAUCAUCGGCUUCCAGAAGAAGGACUUGAUCGGGCUUGACCUGCCACAUAAUGACGCCCUAUUCAUCUGCAUCCAAAUUGAACAAGCUGUGAUCGAGCGAGUUCAUGUAGAUGAGGGCAGCGCAGCCAACAUCCUGCAACUAUCUGUUAUCCAACAGAUGGGGUUCGAGCCCAAGAUUAGCAAACUUGCCAGAUCGCUCACCGGCUUCAAUGGGGCCACAUCAAUCACUAUUGGAACGAUCGACUUGGAUGUCCACUCACCCCCAGUGGUCUGCUCACAGACCUUCAUGGUCAUCGACGAGGUUUCCCCCUACAACGGAAUCUUGGGCCGACUGUGGAUCAGCAAGAUCGAGGCCGUCACAUCUGCUCUACAUCAGAAGAUCCGCUAUCCCAUCCCUGGGGGCGGGAUCGGGCAGAUCAACAGUAACCAAGCCAUGGCAAGGAGAUGCACCGCCCAAGGGCUCAAGAAGAGCAAGCUGCUGCAGUUCACACCAGUAAUGCAAGCUGCCAACGUGGCAGGAAGCGCUCUUAGCAGACAAGCAAACCCGAAAGGGAAGGAAGUUGCUGCCUCACAAUAG